UACAACCAGUGACAAAGAAGGAAGAACAGUGGCUGUUGAGCAUGCAUUUGAGGAAGAACAGCCAGUGAUGCAGGGAGUUGUUGCCUGACAUAAGAUCAUGCUUGUGUGCAAAGGUGUGAAGAUGAGAGAGUUCAUCAGUCUUCUUCUGGCUCCAUGCUUGGUUUUGGGGGUUGGAACUAUUCGAGAGAGCAUCCCAAUGCAGACCCUACAGUGUUAUGGCGACUAUGUAUCUCUUACAACUUGCACAUGGAUGGAGUGUUCAGAGGCUCAUCAAUUCGUGAAUGUGACUCUGAACUGCUGUGAAAAGAACAAAGAAAUGACCUGCAGGUCCCACAAAGGUGAAAACCACACUGAGUGCCAGAACUUCACAAUGCAUUGGGUGUGUCACAAACAUGGACAUGAUGGAGAAUAUUACACCUUCAAUUUUGACCUGACAAUACAGGCAGAGCUAAAUGUCUACUUGCUUCAGAAUGUUCAGACCCUCCCACCUCAAAACCUCUCAGUCAGCUUGAUGGGAUCAGGAGACUUCUUGCUGACCUGGGAAGCAGCUGAUGGAAGCCAAGGGCUGGGCAAUGCCCUGGAGUAUGAAGUCACUUACAAGCGGGAGUGGGAGUCCUGGGAGAAAGCUGCCUCGCUCUUGCUCUCCAACACCACACAUUGCCAUCUCAGCCGCGAGGACCUUGUCCCAGGGAGCAGCUAUGUUGCCCGUGUGCGAGCCAGACCGGGGCGGGCCAGUGGCUUCUCUGGGCAGUACAGCGAGUGGAGCACGGAGGCAUCGUGGGAGACCCCUGAAGGUGGCCUUCAGCCCAGGAACCUUCGCUGCCUCUUCAAUGGUGCAGACCAUUUGAUGUGCAGCUGGGAAGUGAAGAAAGCAAUUACCACCUCUGUCCUCUUUGGCUUGUUCUUCAGGGCCACUCCAUCAUCAGCAGAAGAGGAGUGCUCUCCUGUGCUUGAGAAGGCCUUGCCCCAUGUCCUGUAUGUAGUCCAGAGCUGUGAGAUCCCGGUCAGCAACUCCAGCAGUCAGAGCCAGUACCAUGUGUCUGUCCGGGCCAAGACAGAGGAGAAACUGAUUGAAGCCUACAAGAACAUUAAGGUGCUGCCGCCUGCAAAUGUGUCAGUAACGGUGACAGGGAACCAAGAGUAUGAACUGAGGUGGAUAAAACACACUUUCAAAUAUGGCCUCAUAAAACAGAGAUACGAAGUUGAGUACUGGAAAACCCACCAAUAUAAAAAGACUCUCCAGAAGUUAAAUAUCAACAAUGAUGAACCUCCCUUCAUCUUCACGCUGCAGAGGCUGGCACCAUCUACAGAAUAUAGGGGGAAAAUGCGUGCAAGGGUGAACAUGCCUCAUUGUGAUGGGCCUUGGAGUGAAUGGAGUGAGGAGUUCACCUGGAAAACUGAGAAUGUUCUGCCACCAGUGGUUCUCCCAGUGAUGCUCCCAGUUCUCAUCAUCACUUUGCUAACAGUUGCUUAUUGCAGCUCUAAGUAUUUCCUCAGGAAGAAGAAAAUGUGGGAGGCAAAGAUUCCGAACCCCGGCAAGAGUCUCCUGAUCCAGAGCUACCUGGGGAAAGUACCCUUAGGAAACCAGCCAACAAGCAGCCAGCUGGACUUCAACAAAUACAACCUUUCCGAGAAGAUGGAGCAGGCUAGCUUCCUUCAAGUUGUGGACAGGCAGACGAAGACUUUGGCAGAGUCCCCUGAAGGGCAGGCUAAGACGACAGAUGUUUCCCCUGUUGCACUGGACCUACAGAACUCCUACCAUGCUUUAAAUGAGCCAGAGCACGCCCCAGUUGCCUGCUCACGUCAGAUUGCUGGUCAUUCCUUUCCUGUUUCGAGGAGAAACAGUGCUGAUGCAAGUGUUGCUUCCCAGAGAGCAAUCCCUUGCUUUGCUUUCAAUGGUCCAUACUUGUACGGCCCAGUGGCAUCCUCCCAGCCUGAUAUGCAUCCGACCCUGGGAGUGGACCCAGUGGGAGUCCGGGAGAAAUCAGUUUCCCUUCAGUAUGUGACCCUCCCAAAGGAAGACUGUUCCCAGGCUCCGCAAAGGCAAGAACAGCCGGGAGCAGGUCCUGCACAGCCCUUCCUGCUCCCAGGUCAGAAGGAAAUGAUGCAGCACCUUGACGAUGAGGAAGAAGUCUCACCGGCCCCACCAGCCAGUGGGAAAGGCACGAAUGUGAGAACAGAAGAGCAGAAAUCUCCAAAGGCUCUUAGCUGUAUCACGGCUCCUCAGCAGUGCCCCUUGGAGUACGUCACCACAGAGAGCCUGUUACUGCCAUCAGCCGGUGACUCCAACCGUCCACCACUUGUCACUGCUGGGGGGUUACCUUGUGACUCACAGGAGCCCCAGCCCCCCAGUGACCACUCUUGCCAUGAGUGUCUCCCCGGGAAGAAGCCAGAUUUAGCUAGGACUCCUUUCUAA